AAUCCAUCGCACCAACCCCAUAUAAAAGCCAGAUGCCAUUGUUUUCCCACUACCCCAAAAUCCUUCAACCCUCACUUCACUCUCUCCGUAGUAUUUUCUAUCAAACACCAAUGGCAGCGCAUGAUGUUGAGCAGCAACAGCAGCAGCCGCAGCAGCCUGAUGAUGAUGACCUUUGCAUGUCAUGCAAAACCAAGAUAAAUCCAAGAGAGAAUUUCAUGCCUUGCAUUUUCUGCGAAGCCCCUUGGCAUAUGGAUUGUCUCAUUCUCACUCGCCAAUCCCUUGCCUACCCGGAUGAUUACUGGUUUUGCCCUGAGUGCGACAAGCGCAUUAAAGACGACGACGAAGGAAUCGUCAUCUUCUCCUCCAUGACCAUGAGUAAGAAGGAGGGUGCUUCUUCUUCUUCUCAUUCUCCCGGUGAAAACACUAUGAUCGCGAAGAUUCUGGCAAUCCAGGCUGACAAGUCGCUGACGGAGGAGGAGAAGGCGAGGAAGAGGCAGGAGUUGGUCAGCGGGAAAGCUGUUGAAACUGAGGAAGCAGAUGGCGAGAAAAACAAGAGUAAAGGGAAGUGGAAAGGGAAAGAGAAGACUAGGGUGGAGCCUGAAUAUCAGGCUUCGGAGGCUUCUGAUGAGAGCUUCAACUGCUCCAUUUGUUUGAACAUGCUCGACAGACCUGUUUCGACGCCAUGCGGGCACAAUUUUUGCCUCAGAUGUUUCAAGCAAUCGAUUCGACAAGGGAAUCGAAAAUGUCCCUUAUGCCGUAAGCAAAUACCUCCAGCAAUGGCAAAUCAGCCUCGUAUCAACCUUGCGCUGGUGUUUGCCAUCCGAUCGGCAAAGUUGUCGAAAUCAAAUGGUUCUGGUGAAGGGUCUUCAAAGGUUUAUGAGUAUGUUCACAAUCAAGAUAGGCCUGAUAAGGCGUUUACUACAGACCGGGCAAAGAAGAGCGGGAAGGCUAAUGCUUCAAGUGGCAGGAUAUUUGUGACUGUGCCAACGGAUCAUUUUGGUCCUAUCCUGCCUGAACAUGAUCCUGAGAGGAACCGAGGAGUGCUGGUUGGAGAUACUUGGGAAGAUAGGUUGGAAUGCCGGCAAUGGGGUGCUCACUUUCCUCCUAUUAAAGGCAUUGCAGGCCAAAAAGAUCAUGGUGCACAGUCAGUCAUACUCUCUGGAGGUUACAAAGAUGAUGAGGACCAUGGCGAGUGGUUCCUUUACACUGGAAGUGGGGGCAGAGACCUGAGUGGGAACAAAAGGACUAAUAAGGACCAAUCUUUUGAUCAAGAUUUUAAGAGUGGGAAUGAGUCCCUUCGUCUCAGUUGCAAAAAUGGUUACCCCGUUCGUGUAAUUCGGUCUUACAAGGACAAGCAUUCUUCAUAUGCUCCAGAAAAAGGGUUACGUUACGAUGGAAUUUAUCGAGUCGAAAAAUGCUGGCGAAAUGUUGGAGUCCAAGGCUUCAAGGUUUGCCGAUACUUAUUUGUUAGGUGUGACAACCAUCCUGCACCAUGGACCAGUGACGUGCAUGGGGAUCACCCUAGACUUUUGCCGGUCAUCGAAGAACUGGAAAGGGCAUCGAAUGUAGCAGAGAGAAAGGAAAGCCCAUGGUGGGGCUUUGAUGAGGCUAAUGGUUGCUGGAAGUGGAUUAAACCACCUCCGAUGAGCAAGCAAAAGGAAAAUCAUGGCGAUUCUAACGUCAGGAAGGUGUCAAAGAGAAUAGUUAAGCAACGAAAAAGUGCAGCUGCUAGAAAGAGGCUUAAAAAAGAAUUUGGUUGCCUCAUCUGUCGGGAAGUUCUGGUUAUGCCAGUAACAACACCUUGUGGUCAUAACUUUUGCAAGUCUUGCUUAGAAGGUGCAUAUGCUGGUCAGUCACUUGUAAGGGAGAGAAAUGUAGGUGGAAGGGCGCUCCGGUCACAAAGAAAUGUCAUGAAUUGCCCUACUUGCCCCACUGAUUUAUCUGACUAUUUGAACAACUUACAGGUAAACAUGGAGCUGCAGAACCUAAUUGCCAAGCAGAUUGCAGAGAUUAAGGAUUCAGCUGAUAAGGCACCCCGUGAGAAAGGAACCAUUUGCGCUGAGGAGGAUUUGUCUGGAACCAAAGAAAAUCAUGAAGAAAAUUCUGAUGAAGCAGAUGUGGAUGAUGGUUCACCGGACCCUGAAAUGGAACUCAAACCGGAGAAGCCUUGUAAGCAAAGGAAAGUUGAUGUUGGCGAGGCUUCCCAAGUUACUGAAGAGAAACCUUGCAAUGAAUUAAAGGAAACCAAUGAUGAUUGCCUUGAGAAAUGA